AUGCAGGAGAACUAUGAGAUGGUGACCUCGCUGGGAUUUCCCAUUCCCAAACCUGAACUGAUCUCCCACCUGGAACGAGGGGAAGAACUGUGGGUCCCAGAUCUCCAGGCCUGUGAGGAAAGACAGAUCCCGAUAGGCAAUCACACAGGUGAUGAGACAGUGGAUGAGAAGAAGGAUGGGAAUCAUCAUGAGGAAAUUCCUGGGCAAGUGGAACCACAGGGGACCUUUGUGGGAAGAGCUGAAGGGAGUAUAUCCCAGUGCUUGGAAGAGGGAGAAGCCUGGGGAAAUUGGCACAAGUCAGAGAGGCGACUGAAAAACCACCCAAGGAAGAAAGUGGAUGAAUCUAUUAUCUGCGGGGGAGGAGACAAGGAUACCACAGCCCAGCAGACAAAUCCCAAGGAAGAGAAACCCUAUCAGUGGCUCAAAUGUGGAAAAGGAUUCAUUCUCAGAUCACAGCUUGUGACAUAUCAGACAAUCCAUACUGCAGGGGAACCCCUUCAAUGCUUGGCCCAUGGGGAAAGCUUCAAUAACUGCUCAGAUCUUAAUAACCAUGAGAAAAGCCACAUGGGAGAGAAAUCCUAUCAAUGCCUCGAGUGUGGAAACUGUUUGAAUUGGAAGUCAGCAUUAAUUACACAUCAGAGAAUCCAGACAGGAGAGAGACCCCACAAGUGCUUGGCCUGUGGGAAAAGUUUUAUACAGAGGUCAGACCUUAUUAGACAUCAGGCAAUCCACACAGGAGAGAGACCCCACAAGUGCUUGGACUGUGGGAAAAGUUUCAUACAGAGGUCACACCUUAUUAAACAUAAAACAAUCCACGCAGGAGAGAGACCCCACAAGUGCUUGGACUGUGGGAAAAGUUUCAUACAGAGGUCACACCUUAUUAAACAUAAAGCAAUCCACACUGGAGGGAGACCCCACAAGUGCUUGGACUGUGGGAAAAGUUUCAUAUGGAGGUCAAACCUUAUUAAACAUCAGGCAGUCCACACAGGAGAGAGACCCCAUAAGUGCUUGGAUUGUGGGAAAAGUUUCAUACAGAGGUCAGACCUUAUUAAACAUCAGGCAAUCCACACAGGAGAGAGACCCCAUAAGUGCUUGGAUUGUGGGAAAAGUUUCAUACAGAGGUCAGACCUUAUUAAACAUCAGGCAAUCCACACAGGAGAGAGACCCCAUAAGUGCUUGGAUUGUGGGAAAAGUUUCAUACAGAGGUCAGACCUUAUUAGACAUCAGGCAAUCCACACAGGAGAGAGACCCCACAAGUGCUUGGACUGUGGGAAAAGUUUCAUACAGAGGUCACACCUUAUUAAACAUAAAGAAAUCCACACAGGAGAGAGACCCCACAAGUGCUUGGACUGUGGGAAAAGUUUCAUACAUAGUUCAAACCUUGUUAAACAUCAAGCAAUCCACAGAGGAGAGAGACCACAUAAGUGUUUGAACUGUGGAAAAAAAUUCAUACGGAGGUCAGACCUUGUUAAACAUCAAGCAAUCCACACAGGAGAGAGACCCCACAAGUGCUUGGACUGUGGGAAAAGUUUCAUACGGAGGUCAGACCGUGUUAAGCAUCAGGCAAUCCACACAGGAGAGAGCCCCCACAAGUGCUUUGUCUGUGGAAAAAAUUUCAUAUCGAGGACAAAAGCGACAAAGUGCAAGCUGGUCUCCAUAUUGGAAGAGAAGGUUCUAGGUCUGGAGAAACAAGUACUAAUGCGGAGAGUGGACUAG